CCGCCCCCAGUCCGCCGCGUCUAGGGGCUUGUGAGUGUUGCCCCAAUCCGGAGCUCGGUCACCGGAGCCCCGCCCUCUGUCCUCACCCGCUGAGCCUUCGUCCGGCCGGGGCUGCUCUGGGAAGCGGCGGCCAGAGAGGGAGCCAUGGGGACGGUGCACGCCCGGAGUUUGGAGCCUCUUCCUGCCAGUGGACCUGAUUUCGGAGCAUUAGGAGAAGAAGCUGAAUUUGUUGAAGUUGAACCUGAAGCUAAGCAGGAAAUUCUUGAGAACAAGGAUGUGGUGGUUCAACACGUUCAUUUUGAUGGACUUGGAAGGACUAAGGACGACAUCAUCAUGUGUGAAAUUAAAGAUGUUUUUAAGGCGAAAAACCUUAUCGAGGUUAUGAGGAAGUCUCACGAAGCCCGUGAAAAGUUGCUGCGUCUAGGAAUAUUUAGACAAGUGGAUGUUUUGAUCGAUACGUGUCAGGGUGAUGAUGCACUUCCCAAUGGGUUAGAUGUUACCUUUGAAGUAACGGAAUUAAGGAGGUUAACGGGCAGUUACAACACCAUGGUCGGGAACAACGAAGGCAGUAUGGUACUUGGCCUUAAACUCCCUAAUCUUCUAGGCCGGGCAGAAAAGGUGACUUUCCAGUUUUCCUAUGGAACAAAAGAAACUUCAUAUGGCCUGUCCUUCUUCAAACCACAGCCUGGAAACUUCGAAAGAAAUUUCUCCGUAAACAUAUACAAAGUCACGGGACAGUUCCCUUGGAGCUCGCUGCGGGAGACAGACCGAGGCGUAUCAGCGGAGUACAGCUUUCCCACCUGGAAGACGAGCCACACGGUCAAGUGGGAGGGUGUCUGGCGGGAGCUGGGCUGCCUCUCCAGGGUCGCGUCCUUCGCCGUCCGGAAGGAGAGCGGGCACUCACUGAAGUCGUCUCUCUCGCACUCGAUGGUCAUCGACUCGCGGAACUCCUCCAUCUUGCCGAGAAGAGGUGCUUUGCUGAAGGUGAACCAGGAGCUGGCUGGCUACACCGGAGGGGACGUGAGCUUCUUAAAAGAAGACUUUGAGCUUCAGUUGAAUAAACAACUCAUCCUUGACACAGUUUUUUCAGCAUCUCUCUGGGGUGGAAUGUUGGUUCCCAUGGGUGAUAAACCAUCAAGCAUUGCUGAUAGGUUCUACCUCGGCGGACCCACGAGCGUGCGGGGCUUCAGCAUGCACAGCGUCGGGCCACAGAGCGAAGGUGACUACCUGGGCGGGGAAGCCUACUGGGCUAGCGGGCUGCACCUCUACACCCCGUUACCCUUCCGGCCAGGCCAGGGCGGCUUUGGCGAGCUGUUCAGGACACACUUCUUCCUCAACGCGGGGAACCUCUGCAACCUCAACUACGGCGAGGGCCCCAAAGCCCACAUCCGGAAGCUGGCCGAGUGCAUCCGCUGGUCCUACGGGGCGGGCAUCGUCCUCAGGCUGGGCAACAUCGCGCGGCUCGAGCUCAACUACUGCGUCCCUAUGGGCGUGCAGCGCGGGGACAGGAUCUGUGACGGCGUCCAGUUCGGAGCUGGGAUCAGGUUCCUGUAGCGGAUGCAGAGCGUCCUCCGGCCCCGCAGCAGCGGCUCCAGGACGUGGGCAGCAGUGAGGUUCUCGGGGCCACACUCUCUCUCUCCAGAUAAACACGUUUCAUGGACCCUUCGACUGCAGUCCUUGUCGAAACCAUGUCAAUAAAUUUUCAAAGAUAAAUCCUC